CGCCGCUGCCUCCGCGGUACUGUACUCCACCUCCCCCGCCCUCCCGACGCCAGCCCAUAGCAACAUGACACCGGAGACGAGCGGUCCAGACAAGCCUGCAAAUGAGGCGUUCCCAGCAACCCACCCUGUCUGUCUGUCUGCCUAACGGAGCUCCAAAGCGUCUAGAGCCAGCGCAGUCGACCGCCCCGGGAGAAGAUCGGUACCAGAGAUACACGUCCACCCAGCCGCCGCUUGCAAGCGCUUAAAUAAUAUUUCUUGGGCAUGUCGUAAAGUAGAAAAAGUCGUUUUAGCGCAACAAAAUGAGCCUGGACGCAUUUAAGUAAGUCAGUAGACAUUUGCUAACGUCGGCUAGCCACCGUAGCAUUGGCUGCUUAGCCGAGCUCAUCAGCUAACGUAUAAUUACAUGGGAACGUCCUGUUUAAAGAGCAGACACGGGUGGGCGAAAUAAUUACGUGGGCACCCGAGAAUGGUCUACGGGUGAUUGUGCUGAUUUAAUGGGAUAUGUGUCGUUUGGAGCGACAUUCUCCGUGUCUUUAGCUAAGUUUGUGUAGCACGACACUGUGGCUAACACGGUAGCUUGUAGACAUGGCUUGUUUUCGCCGCUGCGUUUAGGAAUGCCAAACAAGCUAACUGCUUAGCCUACCGCCAGGAUUUAUGCGGGGCUCAAAUAGCGUCAGUUUGAUUGUUUACGCCUCCAAAACUACACAGAAGCAAUUCUUGUUUUGGGGGGACAGGGGGGUUGUUUUGUAGCGUGCGUCAAAGUGUGCAUGACACGCCUGAAAGAGCGAUUUUGACUGAUUUGGGCUGACGCGGGGACAGGAGAAGACAUUUACGAGGUGGCCACAAAAAGAAAGCCCAAAAAGUUACAGUGUGGAUUAGCACCAAGCGACAGACCAAAGUCGACGCACACCAUCAUGGUUGCGGGCCGUGCAACAACGAUGCAGUCCCUCGCAAAAUUCGGCUUUUGCCUGGCGCUUCUCCUGACGCCGGUGGCUGCGGCACAGGGCGAGGAGAGAGAGUGUGCCUUCACGGACCAGCAGCAACAGUGGGAGGUGGAACGAAUGGCAGGGGGCGAGGGCCGGGUCUCCCCCGAAAACACCUCCAUCCGAUGUGCCAAGGGCAGCCACUGCUUUGGCCUUUGGGAGAAAAGUCCUCCUGGUGAAGUGCGACUUGUCAAACAAGGUUGCUGGACCCACCUUGGCGACCACCAAGAUUGUCGCGAUGACCGCUGCGUGGUGACCAACCUGCCUCCACAGAUCCAAAACGGGACGUACCACUUUUGCUGCUGUGGCAGUGACAUGUGCAAUGUCAACUUCACAGAGGAUUUUUUGACACCCAGCCCCACUACUGCGCAGCCCAUCUCCCCUUACACACUGCGCUCUGAAGAGACUAUAAUCAUUGCCCUGGCAACCAUCUCUGUGCUGGCCGUCGUCGUAGUAGCCGCUUUCUUCGGUUACCGCAUGAUGCAUGGGAACAGUAAGCAAGGUCUUCACAACCUAAACAUGAUGGAGGCUGCUGGCUCCGAAAGCUCUUUGGACCUGGAUAAUCUCAAACUGCUGGAGCUAAUUGGCCGGGGGCGAUACGGCGCUGUCUAUUGCGGCUCUCUGGAUGAGCGGCCGGUAGCUGUCAAGGUGUUUACCGCUACCAACCGCCAGAACUUCCUCAAUGAGUGCUCCAUCUAUCGGCUGCCGCUGCUGGAGCAUGAUAACAUUGCUUGCUUUGUGGCUGCUGAUGAGCGUACGGGUCUGGAGGGGCGCACGGAGUACCUGCUGGUCAUGGAUUAUUACCCACAUGGCUCCCUGAGUCGCUACCUGAGUGUCCAGACCAACGACUGGAUCAGCAGUUGCCGUCUCGCUCACUCAGUGACUCGUGGCCUGGCAUAUCUGCACACUGAACUUUUUAAAGGAGACAUGUACAAGCCAGCGGUCUCCCACAGGGAUCUGAACAGUCGGAAUAUUCUCGUUAAGGCCGAUGGCACAUGUGUAAUCAUCGAUUUUGGCCUGUCCAUGAAGCUGACAGGAAACAGGCCAGCAAGGCAUGGAGAAGAAGAAAAUGCUGCUAUAAGUGAGGUGGGCACCAUCCGCUACAUGGCACCAGAGGUGCUGGAAGGAGCAGUCAACCUACGGGACUGUGAGUCUGCUCUAAAGCAGGUGGACAUGUACGCCCUGGGCCUGGUCUACUGGGAGACCUUCAUGAGAUGCACCGAUCUUUUCCCCGGUGAAUCUGUACCAGAGUACCAGAUGGCCUUCCAGGCGGAAGCCGGCAACCACCCGACGUUUGAGGAUAUGCAGGUGCUGGUGUCGAGGGAGAAACAGCGGCCCAAAUUCCCAGAGGCCUGGAAAGAGAACAGCUUGGCGGUUCGCUCUCUAAAAGAGACGAUGGAGGAUUGCUGGGACCAGGAUGCCGAGGCCCGUCUCACAGCCCAGUGUGCCGAGGAACGGCUGGCAGAGCUCCUCCUCAUUUGGGACCGCUCCAAAUCCGUCAGCCCUACGCUCAACCCCAUGUCCACCACACUGCAUAAUGAAAGAAACCGUGUGACACCCAAGUCUGGCCCGUAUGCUGACCAUUCCUCCACCUACAUUGAAGAGCAUGAGGGUGUGCCUAAAAACACACAGGCCGACACUACUGGGUCUGCAAGUGGACGAGUGGCAGUCGGAGUCGGGGAGAGAAACAGGAACUCCAUCAACCAAGAACGCCAGCAGCAAGCAAAUGCCCGACUGCCGAGCCCAGAAGGUAGCAGCACCAGUGGAGCUGGCUUGGGCCUGAGAGGGAGCCCCUCUGCCUCUACCACAACCACCACGAUUAUUUCUGAGUCUGAAGGGACAUCAGGGGGAGCCACAGUCCCUGUCUGCCUUCACCUAACUCAGGAAGAUUUGGAGACCACCAAGCUUGACCCUAAAGAGGUGGACAAGAACCUGAAGGAGAGCUCAGACGAGAACUUGAUGGAGCACUCACAAAAGCAGUUCUGUUCACCAGACCCGCUGAGCCCAGGCAGUUCUAGCUUGCUGUACCCCCUUAUCAAGAUGGCCAAUGAGGCAUCAGGCAUGUCAGACCCUGCUGCUUCUAUGCCUGCCACCAUCUUCCCUCUACCAAAGCAGCAGAAUCUGCCCAAAAGGCCAUCCAGUUUGUCCCUGCGCAACAAGCCCACUAAGAAGGAGUCCUCUUCACUGAAAUUUAAGUUUGGACGGUCUGGAAAAUCCAACCUACGGCAGGUGGAGGGAUCAAAAAUAAACAGUGGAGGAGUACCCGUUCCAAACAUGGCGGCUGAGGCUCACCGGGGCACAACCAUAAACAACAUACCUGCUUUGCAAGACGUGCAUGCCAACGGAAGCAUAAAUGGCACCAUUAACGGUCAGACCAGCGGCACCAUCCCUUCUGUGGUCACAGGUGGCGAUACAGGUUUUGGAGGAUCCAAUCUAAUUCCGAAUGGAACUGGAGUGUUACGGUCUGAAGACAGUCGCCUCAGCUUUGGUAUCAUCACAGCCAGCCCUGACGAACACGAGCCACUUCUGAGCCGGGAGCAGCCAGAUCCCAGCGACGCGUCUUCGAGCAUGGCCGUGCUGCGCUCAGCCCGACCGAACACUAACAACAACAACAGCAACACAGGCUGCGGCGAUGGCGAGAGUGGCGGAGAGAGCGAGGGAGGAGACGAGGACACAAGUGCGCAGGCAGAAAGUGGGGAUAUCUGCGGGCCCACGGGAGAAAGCAUGGGGCCCUGUCCCAUAGCCUCAGACUUCCCGGUUACCAUGCGAGAGGACUCCAUGCUCAGGCAGCCCAGAGCUCGCAGACCUGAAAGACCCAACUCCUUGGACCUGUCCUUCACCACGCAGGACUUAGCCUCAUUUGGUGAGGUUUUGGGGCAGCCAGACAGCGCCUUAGAUACAGGCGAAAAGAUCAAGAAACGUGUCAAGACACCAUAUUCACUGAAGAAAUGGCGGCCGACGUCGUGGGUUAUCUCCACAGACGCCAGGGGCCUUGAGGUCAACAACAACGGGUCUGGUCGUAGCCAAGGCCACUGUCACAAUAGGCCCAAGUCCACUUCAGCAAUCUAUUUCCGUGGCGGAGAUUUUGUCGGCGAGCGUGGUGACACACACGUGUGAGCAUACCACCCUUUGAUGAAGACUGAACAAACCAACUGAGCAUUUUUUGGGGUGGGAGGGGAAAGGGGGUCUGCUCACCUCUAAAUCAGCAAGAGGAAGCUACGGGGAGUCGUGUGCCCUAAGAAUCGAAUCUGGUCAUGCAGCAGUUAAGGUCUCGCUGCUGUGUCUUUUUGACGACACCAUUGCUUUAAACUGAAUCCAAGCUAUGCAGCAUUCUCUCCAUCCGCAUCCUGCAUCGUAUCAUCGUUGUGUGCGUCCGCUCUUCACAAGCAGCCAAGUCUUUAUGUUCCGCGUGCACUUUGAGCCGAUGAAAUCGCCGUUUGGUCCCGCUCUGUCCCAUCAUAACUGCACGGCCGCAUAGUCUCCUAACAUGGUGGCAAAAUACAAUCAAAGCGCUCCUGUUUUUUUUGUUUGGACUAGUGCAAAGCCCUGUUGAGAAGAAACGGUCUUAAAAGACAAAACUGUUCAUUUGUAUUUCCUUGUUAUUGUAUGCAACAUAUUUUGUCCUUCACUAUUCAUGUGUUUAUCAUUGUAAUUGUGCAAUGGGAUUUAGAUUUUAGAUGCUUUUGCUCUUUUAGCAUCCUUGUUAUUUUGGACAUUGUUUUUAACCCAUAUUUUAAAUAUGUCAAUCUUCUUUGCACUUAUGAUUAGUCACAAUCGUUAUGCUUCAUGCUACUCUUGUGAACCCACCCCUGAGGAGAAACAAAUGACAAUCCUUCUCUUUUUCCUAAGGAGGGUAUAAACAAUCAAGCUCAUCUGACAGGAAGCGUUUUCCUGGAACUUUACCACGCCUAUUCCACACAAUCACACUAUCAAUGGCAUCUUUUUAUGCUCACAAUCUCAUCCCAGUGUGACCUGACCUCUGUUUAACUUUCUGGAUGUGAUGGAAAUUACAACCCAGAGACAACAUGUCCUGUUGUGCUCUUUGGAAGUGUGCUGGAAAUAAAAGAAAGACAACCAAAUCCUUUCCAAAGCACGCUGAAUAUAAUUUCUGUUCCUACUGGUUACAUUGCCUUGUAUUUGAAUGGGUGGUUCUGUGUUUGUGUGUUUUAGUAAGUUGCUUUGCUGGAGUCCAGCGCUGUACACUCAAUGCUUGUUUUCAUCGUGUAUCCUCUGUGCCACUUCAGGACCGAUUUUUAAAAAUUAAAAAAAGGUUUCAUUUAUGUUUUUGUAAUUUGUAUGUAAGAAGAAGAAAAACCUUUAUUUGCAUAACUUUUAUGGGAUUCUGUGUUGUAGUCAAUGCACAUUGAUGGCCUUUUAUUCCAUUGCUUUACAUUUGCUCAAUACAGUUUCUGUAAAAAAAUGUCAAGUUAUUAUUGCAGAAAUAAAUCUCAAUAAAUGUGUGAA